UUGUCACUUUUGUUUUGGUUACGAGAUUGUAGACAUUUAAGUUGCUUGAUAUUUGGGAAUCGCAUUACUAAAAUGGCUUUCAUGUUGCGUCAGGUAUCGAAACCUGUUCUGCUAAGAACUCUACUCAAUGGGAGUCCAACUUCAAUGCGCCUAGCCGCUAAAGAUGUAACUGCAAGCGCUCCAGCAACAAAUACAACUCCACAACAACAGUUGUUGGUGAGCGAAAAUUGCUUGAAACGUUUGCGCGAGAUCUGUACCGAUGGCAGCUUUUUGCGCAUCACAGUUGAGGGCGGAGGCUGCUCUGGAUUUCAGUACAAAUUUGAUUUGGACAGCAAGCUAAACGAAGAUGAUUUACAGUUUGGCGAGGACAAAGCUAAAGUGGUAAUUGACACAGUGUCCCUGGACUAUUGUACAGGCGCUACCGUUGAUUAUCAUAGCGAGCUAAUUCGAGCUGGAUUUAGGAUGAUUGCCAAUCCGCUCGCAGAACAAGGCUGCUCAUGUGGUUCAUCCUUCUCGAUUAAAUUGUAGUUAAUAGUUAAAUAAUGUACAUUGAUUGUUAAACUUUAGUGAAAUAUUUAAACACACAGAUAUAAAUUUAUUUAAUCAGCUA